AUGUCGUAUAACUACAAUUCCUACCCAAAUAUUUCUCAUCAAACUCAAAUGUCUUAUUAUCCUCCAAAUUCUCAUGGAUGUUUGACAACAUCAAUUUGUCCACCACCGAACAAUUGUAUUCCAAGUUAUUAUAAAUGUCCAGAUCAACAGAAAAAGAAAGAGGUGAAACCUGGGUUUUUCAAAAAACUCUUCGGAAAAAGGAAAACUGAAAAAGAGCAUUGUUGUCAUUAAUAAAUUGUUUGUUUUCUAUAAUAAAAAUAUCUUGAUUAGUUUCUACUUGAAAAAUAGUUUUUGUGAAUUUGGCUGCAAGAAGAGUCUGCACAUAAUAUCUGCUCAAUAUAUUAGCUGCCUCUUAAUUUGUACCUCCGUUUGAUAUUUUAUUACCAAAAAAUCCAUAAUUGUUCUAUUUUGUUUUGUUUUCCAAACUUUUUUCUUUUUUCUCACUAACUAGUUUUCCUCGAGAAAACAACACAACAAAAAAGGAAAAUGACAAGUUAAAGCCGGAUGAAAAAACCAAAAAAAAAACAACCAAAUUUUUGUUCUUUCUAUUUUUGUGUCUGUCCCACGAAAAACCUGUCAAGAGCUUUAGGUUGAGAGAUUGUCUUGUGCUUGCUUGCUUGCGUAUGAAAAGAUAGAACAAAUCUUGCGCAAGAAAUGACAAACGCAUGUAAAACGAGCCAGAUUUUCUGACAUUUCUUUUUUUUUUUUGGAAAAAAUUUGAUCUUUUAUUCUCGUUCUCUUUGCUCAUGACUAAUUUAUUUUAUUUUUCAGUUGUUUUUCUUUUCCUAAAAAAUGAAUAUAAAAAAAAAAGAAAAAUAUUUAAUAAUUGCGAAUAAUUUCAGCAAAAAAAAUACGAGAAGAAAGUUUAUUUUUUCUGCCACAUGAAAAAUCUCAUCAUCAGCUGUGUGAUUUUAUGAGAUAUUUAAUUCUUCUUUUGAUUUUCUAUCAUCAUUUUUUCUCAAUUUCUAUUCAUCUUCCUAUACAAAUUAGAUAAAUGACUAUGUCAUGAGAAAAGAGCAAAAUUAUUAUUUUAGCUGAAGUCAAGGAUCAUGUUGUUUUUUCGCGUGACUUUGAAAAAUGCAAAAAAAAACAAAAAUAAAUGUAAAUAUAAAAAUUUUGAACCACACUUUUCCUACUGAUUUUUGUGACGAGACUUCUUUUGAGAUUUUGAACCGCGCCUUGAAAUAGUUUUAUUGAAGAAAAAACUUCGCUACGAGACCCUACAGCGCUGUGCUUUUUUUAAAUACUGAAUACUGUAAAAAAAUUUCGUCUUGCGUCUUUUAAAAACAGUUAUUUGUUUUUUGUUUCCGAAACUAUUUUAAAAAGUUUCUCCCAUGUUCGUUUUUUAUUUAUUCUCUCAUGUAAUCCAUCCAUCUUCCUCGGUUUUCUCGUUUUUUUUCGAGUUCACUUCUUCUUCCUUUUCCCCACUAAAAAUAGAGGGUAUUUAUGAUAUUUGUCUGAAAAACUCUCCCCUUUUUUUCUCAAAAAGCAAGCAUUUUUUGAAGUAUUCUGAUUCUCCACUUUGAAUAAAAAUCAAAACAAAUAUCUUCAGUUGUUUUUUUUUGCUUCAGAUAGAUACGAUGUGUGAGCUGUUAAUUGGAUUUUUAUUUAUUUUUUUAUAUAAAAAAAUUUGAGAAAGAAAGAGGAGAAGAUACUUUUUCAGAUUUUAUUUGAAAAAUCUAGAUUAUUUUUAAAAAAUGAGCCUUGAAAAUUCAACUCUUCCCGAGUACGGUAUACAUCAACUUUGAAUUUGAACUUGGGAACCUGAAUAAUAUAUACCUUUGACACAGAAGUUUUCGAACCAAAACUCAGCAUUAUAUUUUUAAGACACCAAAAAUACAUUUUCAAAAAACACAAUGAAUUCUUGAGCAUCAAAAAACUUUUUGUGCACACAUUUUUUCAAAGCUUUUCCCCGUUUUUUUUUCGUUUCCAACAGAAAAAAUAUAAAAUCCAAUUGUUCGUAUUUAUUUGGACCACACCAAAAACCACAAACAAAAUAUUCUUCCCAAACUUUCGUCUUGUUUUUUUUCGUUCCUUCGUUCACAUUUUCUAGUUCUUCUGUUCGUAAAAAAAUGAUGAGAUUCUCCUACUUUUUCUUUUUUUUUCUGUGGCUUUGUUUGAAUGUGGGGCGGCCAUUCAGCCAGCAAAUUUGUGCACCUGUUUUGCAGAGCCCCACACACAAAAAUUGCAUUUUGAAAUCUGAUCGGCUCGUGCUUCUUGCGGCCACAAAAGACUCGUCAUCUUUUUUUGAGCCUUUUACUGACAGAAAAACAUUUGUUUUGAUUAUAUAAUACUUUUUUGUUUGUAUACACGUGUUUGAGAUUUUUUUCUGAAAUUCAAAAAGAUGCCACUACUUUUUUUCAAGAUUACUGUAGAAUGCUGUGGUAGAUAAGUUAUGACAUGGAAAAAAUUAUAUUCGGAUUACUGUAUUUUUUCAGAUUAUUUUUGGAAAACUCAAAUUACUGUAGUUUUUUCUAUGGGAAGAUUUCAAGAUUACUGUAGAUACAAAAUUAUUUCAAAUUUUUUUUAAAAUUCAAAACCUUCCACCAAGAGUUCCAAGAUACAAAAAAGUAUUAUAAUGUUUUUAAUAGCAGUUUUUCAAGACACACCGUAGUUCUUCUUGCUCAAUAUUUUCCAAAAGACCACGUCAUAGAUCAUGUUCAAAGUCUCGAGUUACAUUUCUACAGUAUUCCUUAUUUUUCUAAUUUUUUGAAAUAUAAAAAUACGAAAAAUACAGAAAUAUCUACACAUAAUCUGAGUGCCAGGUAAGACCUGGCAAAAUUUUAAAAUCCCACAACAAUUAUCAUAUUUACCACCUUCUCUUUCGAAAACAUGAAAACUUUUUUUCAAAAAACAACAACAUUCUCACGGAUAACUUAAUUUAACUCCUAACUUUUUCCCUCUAAAAACAUUUCACAUCGCACUUUAUUUUUUGAAAAACAACAAAAAAAACUCCGCCCUUUUUAUGGGGAGCAGAUGUAAAGUAUUUUUAGAAGUGAGAGUACUCACUAAACUUUUUCCUGCACUUUUUUGCUGCCUGAAAAAAUUGAAUUGGAUUUAUUGUCAAAAAAGUUUAGAAGUCAAGUAUACUCUUUUUCAGAAACUUCCUUCAGAAUUACUGUGAGUUCUUUUUUUGUUAGGAAAACUUAGGUCUCAUUAUUUUUCUUUGGAGAAAGUACUUUUUUUUACGAUUUCACACAUUUUAUGAGUAUUUUCCUGCAUCGUUCUCUUCUUUUUUCAUAAUUAAAAAAUGAGGAAAAAAGUGGGGUGAAAAAAAGUUUCAAGUGCUUCCCGAAAUACUUUUUUUGCGCCAACUCAUCAACUAGAAUCUAGUUUUCUCGUAUCUCAAUUUUUAUUUUCAAAUUUUCUGAUUUUACUUUUGAUUUUUGAUAUCGAAAUAUCUGAUGAGCUUUUGGCUAGAGAAAAAAGUUUGAAAAUUAAUUUUUUUUAACUUCACAUUUUUUCUGCUUGAAUUUUCUUCGGGUUCAACAUGUUUUCUAGUUUCUAACAAUUUCCCGAAUCGAAACAAUUUCUUAACAUUUUUUCUACCUCCACUCUCACUCUUCAACUUCUUCAAAUAAUUUUCUUACAGAAUGUUAAUAUAAAAAUGGAUUCAACAAGUUCUCUUUGUCUUCCCGAAUCUCAACUUCGUUUAUCUGGAUCGGGUCUCGAAGCAUUUCUCUAUACCGUACUUUUCCCGCCAAUUUGUCUUUUCGGACUUAUCGGAAAUGCUUUAACAAUUCUAGUCCUGAUCAACAAUGAUUUCAUGUCAAGAGCCAAUAUUUUUCUAACUUGUCUCGCAGUUUGUGAUGUCUCAUUUCUUUUGUUGAUUAUUCCACACAGUUUGGCCAACUUUGACACGUUUGCUUUCAAUUAUACAUUUCGAUAUUUAUAUUUGCCAACAAAAAUACAUUUGAUCGCAUUUGCCAAUUGGACAUCAGCCGUUGCUAUUUGGUAGGUUAACAGUAGAGCACAUUUGAAAAAUAGUUUAUGAGUGGGACCAAAAUGCAGACGGUGCACACUUCUUCUGCAAAUCCAUUUCUUCCCCUCCAGAAUUCAAUUUCAAAAUAAUUAUAUUUCUAGGCUCGUAGUUGGUGUAUGUUUCGAACGUGUCGUCGGUGUUCGUUCUCCACUUCACCGUCUCACAACUCCAUCUCGCGCCAAACUAGUCACCGGCCUAGUUGUCCUCCUAUCAUCCUGUGCUGCUCUCACCUUCUACAAUCAUGUUUCCCACCAUUGUUUCAUCAAAUCGUUUUGCAAUACAACACAAAUAAUGGCAGUAUGUGUCGAUGUCAAUCUCAAUGUGUGAGUCCUCUUUUCUCUCUUUUUUCUCUCUCGCCCUUAUCUUUGCAAUUUCUGUCGAGGGAAUACAUGCAGGGAUGGCCGAGCGGUCUAAGGCGCCAGACUCAAGCUAUUCGCUUGCCUCAAGUUCGAGGUCGCAUGGGUGUUCUGGUACUCGUAUGGGUGCGUGGGUUCGAAUCCCACUUCCUGCAGAAAACUUUUUGCAUUUCUUUUUUCAGAUGGCCCGGAAAUCGCACCAAUUUCUCUCCACCCGCACUUCGCCGCUACGUCGCAACAACUCGCGCAGCAAACGCAGUGUUCGUAGUGUUUCUUCCACUAAUCCUUCUGGUGGUUCUGAACAUAAUGCUAUUGUAUUAUGUCAAAAAACGAUCAUUCUUUAUGUACGCGUCACUUGGCAAAGUUUCAGCAAGAAUGCGAAAAUCCGGCGAAGUUGCACUUCCUUUCGUUGCUACGUUAUUCCGCAGACAUUCAGAUCAGGUAAAUUAAGGAAGUCUGGUAGUGUCGUUUUUGAUAGGUACUUUUGGUAUUCAAAUUUUAGAAAUCCGACAGUAUUGUAAUUCGAAAACGGAAGGUAAUCUAGAAUCUAUCUAUAUAUCUUUCUAUUCCUAAGUUUGCACCUUUCACACAAAAUAGUAUUUUUUGUUUUAUUCAGAUAUUCAAAAGAUAAACAUUAGGGAAAAAAAAUGAAUUUCCAGAUUCUCCAACAAAAAACUGAACACCGUGUAGCGGUUACCGUAUGCGCAGUUGUGACGUCAUUCACAAUCACUCAAGCUCCAUCAGCUGUUGUGUUAACAGUCAACUCUUUAUGGCUUCAGACUUUCAAUAAUUCGAGAUGGUAAUUUAUUUUUUCUCCCUGAUUACUGUAGAUCUAUUUUUCAGGUGGUAUCAAAUGACAACAAUAAUCUCAUUUUUGGUGGUUAUUGGAAAAUCUCUGAAUUUUGUUGUGUUUUGUCUAUCUUCGAGCAGUUUCAGACGGCGACUUUUCAAUAUUUUGAGAACGAAAUAUGGAUCUAGGGAGGAAAAGUGGGUAUUUGAAAAGAGUUUGAAAAAUUGCGCUUAUUUUUCCAGACGCAACUAUUCAAUAAACACCGCUUAUACAAGAUGUGACAGUCGAGAUUCUCGAAUAUUAUCACAGAAAAAAUCAUUUCAAAGUAUCUAA